UCGUAGAUUGGUGAUGUUAGAGCUGCUCUUAUAUAAAACGUGUAUAUUGCGAUCAAAUCAGUAUAAUAAAACCAAGAAGACAUAGUGACAUAUUGUAUUCACCGUCUCAUCCACAUCAGUAAACAAUGGGAAACGACAAAUUCCAAUUUGCUAUAGAUCGCGGAGGCACAUUUACCGAUAUAUAUGCCAGAUGUCCUGGAGAUAAGAUCCGAGUUAUGAAAUUACUGUCGGAAGAUCCCAGUAAUUAUAACGAUGCACCUACAGAAGGUAUUCGCAGAAUAUUGGAAGAGGAAACUCAUGUUAAAAUGGAUGGCGGCACAGUGGACACUUCUCAAAUAGAAUGGGUCAGAAUGGGAACAACUGUCGCGACUAAUGCGCUAUUAGAAAGAAAAGGCGCGAAUAUGGCGCUAUUAAUAAAUGAAGGUUUCGAAGAUCUUCUUUAUAUCGGUAAUCAGUCUCGGCCAAAUAUUUUUGAUCUGGAGAUAAUGAUGCCUGAAGUUUUGUACAAAAAUGUAGUAGGAGUAAAAUGUAGAGUGAUACCUGCUUUACCGGGAAAGUGUCGUAUGGAAAAUCAAUCGUGGCGAAAGGUAAAAGGUUCUACCGGCGAGGAUCUGUUCGUUACUCAAGAACUCGAUGAAAUACAAUUGAAGGAAGAUUUGAAAGAACUUCGUAGUCAGGAAAUAGAGAGUCUCGCUGUCGUUCUGAUGCAUAGUUAUACUUAUGCGGCUCACGAAAUCAGAAUUGGCGAAUUAGCAAGGGAAGCCGGUUUUUCGCAAGUAUCCCUUUCACAUGAAGUGAUGCCAAUGGCUAGAAUAGUUCCUAGAGGUUUUACAACGUGUGCAGAUGCUUAUUUAACACCACACAUUAAGAAUUAUCUACAGACAUUCUCUUCAGGAUUCAAAGACAAUUUGAAGGGUGUGAACGUGUUAUUCAUGAGAAGUGACGGCGGAUUAACACCUAUGAAUUCCUUUAAUGGAUCCCGUGCUAUACUUUCUGGGCCAGCUGGUGGUGUCGUCGGAUACGCAAUGACGACAUACGGGAAGGAGACUGAUCUACCCGUGAUAGGAUUCGAUAUGGGCGGCACAUCGACCGAUGUAAGUCGAUACGGAGGAAGUUAUGAACACGUUUACGAGAGCACCACUGCGGGCAUCGCUAUACAAGCCCCUCAGUUGGAUGUCAAUACAGUUGCGGCGGGAGGUGGAUCAAUGCUUUUCUUCAAGUCGGGUCUCUUCGCGGUCGGGCCUGAGAGCGCGGGAGCCCAUCCUGGACCAGCGUGUUACAAAAAAGGUGGUCCACUAACUGUAACGGAUGCGAAUCUAGCAUUAGGUCGUCUGCUGCCCGAAUACUUUCCUCAAAUUUUCGGCCCUGAGGAAAACGAACCGCUCGACGUAGAUCGGACAUUAAGUUUGUUCACAACGCUUACCGGCGAGAUAAAUGAAUUUCUGGGCGCGAAGGAACUAAUGUCGAUAGAUGAAGUGGCAAUGGGAUUCAUCAAGGUUGCGAAUGAGACUAUGUGCCGACCGAUUCGCGCUUUGACUCAGGCAAAGGGUUACGACACUUCCCGUCACGUUUUGGCGUGUUUUGGCGGCGCAGGUGGACAACAUGCUUGCGCAAUUGCACGAUCGUUGGGCAUAAGCACGGUGUUUGUUCAUAAGUAUGCCGGUAUUUUAUCAGCUUACGGUAUGGCAUUAGCAGACGUUGUCGAAGAGAUGCAAGAGCCUAGCGCCGAAAUUUACAAUCCAGAAAGUUUCGCCCGAUUGGACGAUCGUCUGGAUGCGAUGGAAGCCAAAGUUAAAAGCAAACUUCGCGCGCAAGGAUUCGUUGAUUCUCAAAUAAAAACGGAAUCAUUUCUACACUUACGUUAUGAGGGUACUGAUUGUGCUUUGAUGUGCACCUCUAUAGACCGUAAUUCAGAAAACGGAACCACCAGACAUGGAGAUUUUCUUGCCCCCUUUUUAGAAAGGUAUAAGACAGAGUUUGGUUUCACCAUACCAGAACGUAAAAUCAUGGUGAAUGACGUGAGAGUACGCGGAAUUGGUAAAACUAAAAUUCCCGAGGAUCCUAUAUUAUCUCGUUCACAAGCUUCACCAAAAGCUGAUAAGACCACCAUGGUAUAUUUCGAAGGCGGUUACAAGGAGACUGGCGUCUAUCAAUUAGAUUCAUUGUCGCCUACAGAUAUUUUACAUGGUCCCGUUAUUAUCAUGGAUAGUUUGAGCACACUUUUAGUAGAGCCGGAUUGCACCGCGGAAAUCACUUGUCGCGGUGAUGUAAAAAUUACAAUUGGGCAAGGUCUACGAACGAAAGUUACGACUGAUCUCGACACUAUUCAGCUUAGUAUCUUUUCGCAUCGUUUUAUGAGCAUCGCUGAACAAAUGGGUCGAGUACUUCAAAGAACUUCUAUCUCCACUAAUAUAAAAGAGCGAUUGGAUUUUUCGUGUGCAAUUUUUGGACCUGACGGUGGUCUCGUUUCCAAUGCACCUCAUAUCCCGGUACAUCUGGGUGCCAUGCAAGAAACUGUGCAGUAUCAAAUGAAAGCAUUUAACGGCAAAUUUUCACUGGGAGAUGUUAUUCUCUCAAACCAUCCAUCAGCAGGCGGUUCUCAUCUUCCAGAUUUGACAGUUAUCACGCCAGUAUUUUACAAAGAUGUGCCAACACCAGUAUUUUUCGUGGCCAGCAGAGGACAUCACGCUGACAUUGGUGGUAUCACGCCAGGCUCAAUGCCACCGCAUUCAACAAGCCUGAAUCAAGAAGGCGCUGCUUUUAAAAGCUUUCUGUUAGUACAUAAAGGAGAAUUCCGAGAAAAAGAAGUGACGGAUGCUUUGAUGGCACCAGGCAAAGUGCCGGGAAGUUCGGGAACCAGAAAUCUUGCCAACAACAUUAGCGAUCUCAAAGCUCAGAUUGCAGCAAAUCAAAAAGGUUCACAACUGGUGAACGAACUGAUCAACGCAUACAGUCUCGAAGUAGUUCAAGCAUACAUGGGUCAUAUACAACGCAAUGCCGAGAUUGCCGUUCGAGAUAUGUUAAAAUCAAUAGGCACUAAAGUUAAAACCUUGCGAACGCAUUUGGGACAUCAGAUACAUACUACUGAUUACCUCGAUGAUGGCAGUCCCGUAGAUUUAAUUGUGAAUCUUGAUAUAGAAAAGGGCGAAGCGGUUUUCGAUUUUAGUGGAACGGGUUAUGAAGUAUGGGGUAAUUGCAACGCACCGCGUGCCAUAACUUUGUCUGCGAUAAUUUAUUGUUUGAGAUGUAUGGUUGGCCAAGAUAUACCAUUAAAUCAGGGUUGUUUAAAGCCUGUGAAAAUUAUUAUUCCGAAAGGAUCGUUACUCGAUCCCUCGGAAGACGCGGCGGUGGUAGGCGGCAAUGUUUUGACAUCUCAACGUAUUGUUGAUGUGAUACUAACAGCUUUUGAAAUUUGCGCGGCUUCGCAGGGUUGCAUGAACAAUGUAACCCUCGGCACUGAGGAAUGGGGUUAUUACGAAACAGUUGCAGGUGGCAGUGGAGCAGGACCAACGUGGAAUGGUAGAAGCGGCGUUCACACGCACAUGACCAAUACGAGAAUUACCGAUCCAGAAAUACUGGAGCUUCGCUAUCCAGUUAUACUUAAUCAGUUUUCACUUCGUUUUGGAAGUGGAGGUAAUGGGGCAUAUACUGGUGGUGAUGGAGUUGUUCGUCAAAUGACAUUUAGAGCUCCAAUGACACUAUCUGUGUUAACCGAGCGAAGAGCGAGAAGUCCACCUGGUUAUAAUGAAGGUGAGAACGGAAAACGUGGACUCAAUACUUUGAAGCGUGCUAAUGGUAGAUUGAUCAAUUUAGGCGGAAAAGCUAGUGUUCCCGUCUGUGUGGGGGACGGAUUUAUUAUGGAAACUCCGGGUGGUGGCGGUUACGGCCUCAUUAGUAAGAAGCAAGCAGAUGAAAAUUCCGACUAUCGACGUCUAAAAAGACGUUCAUUAAAACAUAGAGAUUCAAAAUGGAAAAAAAAUCAGCAUAUCUUCACGGAACGCGGAAGUGUUUUUGAGUACCGUAAAGCUCAAGAAUCCGUUUAAAAAAAUCACAGUUAUCAUAAGUAUUAUGAAUUAUGGUCGGAGAACAUAUUCCGGAAAAGUGAAUGUGACUUAUGUGUUCUAAUAAUUUUUCAAUAAUUAUAUAAAAUAUUCAGAAAUAUUCUAAAUAAUAUAACAAAAUUAAUGAAAUAUAUUUUAAAUGUAUUUCAUGUCAAAAUAAGCAAUGCUGUUCGAUAUUAUACAAUUUAUCAUAAUUCUGACGUGGAAAUUUCACGAUGAGCUGUCGCGGAUGCGUAACAGACGGUAAAUCUAAGAUUUGAUAUAAUCUAUAAUAUUGAUUUUAGAUAAAGUUGCAUGGAUAAUAAUUUUCUUUAAUCAAACACAUUCUUUUUAAAGAAGAAAACUUGUACAAAAGGGUAUACUUUCACUUUAGGUAUAAAUUAUAAUGACAUAUAACGAAUCAAAUCGCUUCAGACAAUUUUAGUCCUCGGUCUAAAUCAGUCAGUUUAGCAAUGCAAAAUCUUAUUAAAAUUAAAUUAAAAUAUCCAAAUUAUAAAUUAAUAACUGAAAACAAUCCUCAGGAAAAAUUAUAAAAUUAAAAAUUUGUUAUUACGCAAAAUAAAGUGUAAUUCUUGAGUACUUAAGUUCCUUAAAAAUUCGAAUCAGAACGUGAAGAAUGUAAAAAAUUUUCUUCUGUUCUACUAUUUGCGCUGAUAGGACAAUUGGUCCACGUUAAUACAAUCAAAUAAAGAAAGGCUCACCGCGAAAUUUUGCAUACUAGUUUAUGUUUUAUAAUAUUGUAUUGUUGUAUAAAGAGUAUUGCAUAUAUUAUAUAUUUUAUAUGUGCAAAGAGCAUUUAUAUUAUUAAAUAUUUUUAAGUGUU